AUGGUGUCCGCCUCGCCUCUGGGCGAGAAUCAUGACUCUCGGGCCAUUGAUGUUUUGGUUCCGACUAUUCUCACCACGGUAGUUGCGUUCAUUCUCACUGGCCUACGACUCUAUGUGCGCCGGUUCAUGGUGCGAAUGUUUGGAUGGGAUGAUGUGUUCAACGUUCUGGCGCUGCUGUGCGCAAUUGUGGUAAUGGGCCUGGUCACCACAUCAACCAAGUAUGGGCUCGGACGUCAUUUCCUGUCCCUCGAUCCGGUUCGAGCGGCCUUCUGCGUGAAGCUUUUGCGCAUCUCCGAGUUCUUUCUGAUAUUCUCAACGAUAUUCCUGAAGAUUUCCAUCAGUCUAUUCUUGAAACGAAUUUUUCUCACGAGCAAGAAGUGGAAAGUCUUCUUUUGGUGCUUCAUCGCAUUCAAUACGAUUACCAGUACCCUUGACGCUGCCAUUAUCUUCCCACAAUGCACACCUGUGGAGUACAAUUGGAACAAAGGCAUUAAGGGGACUUGCUGGCCCGAUUCUGUGAUUAAUGGCACCGGAAUUGCCCAAGGGUCUAUCGCUGCUGCGACUGACUUCAUUCUCUCAAUCUUACCGAUUAUGUUCUUGUGGAAUGUCAAACUCCCCCGCCGAGUCAAGUUUGGUAUCUGCGCCAUUAUGGCACUGGGAUUCGCGAGCGGCGCAUUUGCCAUCGUCCGCACCGCACUUGUUCCCAGUUUGACGGCAACACACGACCCGACUUGGGACCUUGUGGAUCUUUUCAAAUGGGCAAUACUGGAGGCCACGUUGGGUGUCAUCGCUGCAGCUGCGCCGUCCGUCCGUCCGCUGAUCGGCCAUACCUCUAUGUCGACCGAGUACUCUCGGUCCAAAUCGCGCCAGAUCUCGCAAUCCUUACCCCUUCAUUCGAUGCGCACACGCCGGAACUCCCGCCACGAUGUCGACAACAUAUUGGAUACCAUGAAUGACCAAGAAAAGGAGUCGGACGGCGAUAGCCAAUCUCACCUAUGGGCGGCUUCGGACGAGAACGGUAUCAUGAAGACUGUAUCGGUGGAAGUCGUUACAAACCAAGGGCAAUGGAUCGGACGAGGACCCUCCAACACCUAUCAAUUGGCCCAUUGA